CAAAGGUAGGAAAAGACAAAGCAAAAUAGAAGGAAGAAUAAAGAUAAAAUGUAAUAAUAGAAGUACUUGAUAAAUUGAAGAGCUCAUUCUUCAGAAACAAAAGACAAAGCAGGUCACAUUUGUGGUAAAGAGUAAGGGGGAAAGGACAUCCUUUUAGAUGCCUCACAAACAAUUCAAAUUUAGUUCAUUAAAGUUCUGAUAUUCUUCCCAAAUGCUUGUUUCUUCACCAGUCUUACAUCUCAAUAAAUUAUACCACCAUCUAUGUGAAAACCUAGGAGUUACCUGUGACACCGCCAGUCUCCCUCAUCCCUAUAUUCAACCAACUUAUCGGGAUAUAUCUGUCUCCAUAAUGAGCAUAUAUGGAAUUAUCUUGGCGUUCUCAUCUUUUUCUCUUGAAAACUGCCCUUCGCUUUCAUUCAGAAAUACUCUCUCUCUCUCUCUGCUUUUUCUUCUUUCUUCCUUUAUUACACCUUCUUUUGCUGCUUAUUUUCCCUCAGGUGCAGAGUUAAGCCAGCCAUCUUGUUUUAUUUAACUAUCAUUAAUAAAGCCUUUCUCAUUUAUCCUUUUGCUCUGCAUUUCAAUUACCACUACUGUUCUGUCUCUUCCCGUAGGUAGUAUCUCUACUGUGUUUGUUACAUGUUCUUGAAUAUAUAUCUAUGUUUGAAUAAUAUACAUUGUUCUAUGUAUGUGUUUUGACUGUACAUAAUGGAUACUGCUAUAGAUCUCAUUCUGUUUCUUUAUCAUGUUUCUGUAAAUUCUUGUCACGAUUGCAUAGUGUUAUUUUAAAUGACCUCAGACCACUGGCCACUGGUCCUGGACCAAGAUGGGCCAGAGUCCUUACGCAGAAUUUUUUGAACUGAAAGAAAGAAAAUCCAUCUCCAGUGUGGAAGCCAUAAAAUGUAAAAACACAGGAGCUGUCAGCAGCCACUCGUCCUGCCAUAUGGAACCAGCUGGUCUGCAAUGAAAAAGGAGCCGACAUGCAAAAUGCAGCAGAGAACCAUGUGUGCUCAGUACUGCAUCUCCUUUGCUGAUGUUGAAAAAGCUCAUAUCAACAUUCGAGAUUAUAUACAUCUCACACCAGUGCUAACAAGCUCCAUUUUGAAUCAAGUAGCAGGGCGCAGUCUUUUCUUCAAAUGUGAACUCUUCCAGAAAACUGGAUCUUUUAAGAUUCGUGGUGCCCUUAAUGCCAUCAGAGCCUUAAUUCCUGCCACUUUAGAAGGGAAGCCCAAAGCUGUUGUUACUCACAGCAGUGGGAACCAUGGCCAGGCUCUCACCUACGCUGCCAAACUGGAAGGGAUUCCUGCUUAUAUUGUGGUGCCCCAAACGGCUCCCAACUGUAAAAAACUGGCAAUACAAGCCUAUGGAGCUUCCAUAAUAUACAGUGAGCAGAGUGAUGAGUCUAGGGAAAAGGUUACAAAAAGAAUUAUGGAAGAAACAGAAGGCAUCCUGGUACAUCCCAACCAAGAGCCUGCAGUAAUAGCUGGGCAAGGAACAAUUGCCCUGGAAGUGCUGAACCAGGUUCCCUUGGUGGAUGCACUGGUGGUACCUGUAGGCGGAGGAGGAAUGGUUGCUGGAAUAGCAAUUACAGUUAAGGCUCUGAAACCUAGUGUGAAGGUAUAUGCUGCUGAACCCUUGAAUGCAGAUGACUGCUACCAGUCCAAACUGAAAGGGGAACUGACCCCCAAUGCUUGUCCUCCAGAAACUGUAGCAGAUGGUGUCAAAGCCAGCAUUGGCACAAACACGUGGCCUAUCAUAAGGGACCUUGUGGAUGACGUCUUCACUGUUACAGAGGAUGAAAUUAAGUAUGCAACCCAGCUUGUGUGGGAGAGGAUGAAACUACUCAUUGAACCUACAGCUGGUGUUGGAGUAGCUGCUGUGCUGUCUCACAACUUUCAAACAGUUUCUCCAGAAGUAAAGAACAUUUGUAUUGUGCUAAGUGGUGGAAAUGUAGACUUAACUUCCCUGACUUGGGUGAAGCCAGCUGAAAGGCCAGGUCCCAAUCAGCCAUUCAUUUAUGCAAAAUGAAGAGAUGUGAUUAAGUGUCUCUACA